AACCUCGCCGCGUGUCAACCUGUGAUAGCCGGUGAGGUCCUGCUUCGUGUGGCGAUUAGAGAUCGAGCGCACUCUUUUCUCCGGUCACCCUUUAAUUUGUUCUCUCUAGGGCACGGAUCGCCCGAUCCUCGUCGGAGCUCGCCGAAUCUUACAGGGAGAAUCUGAUGGCCGCUGGAAGAGGAAUCAACCAGAUACUGAGAAAGAAAUUCAGUUUUCAGACUUCGGCAUCAUUUCUAUCAAAGCAGGAACAAGAUGCUACUGCAUCUGCUGGUGUGAAGUCUCUAAGAGCAUUGGCACUCUUUGGAGCUGGUAUUUCUGGAAUUUUGAGCUUCUCUACCAUAGCAUCUGCUGAUGAAGCAGAGCACGGUCUCGCAUGUCCCAGCUAUCCUUGGCCUCACGAAGGCAUUCUUAGUUCCUAUGAUCACGCAUCCAUCCGCCGUGGUCACCAAGUGUACCAACAAGUUUGUGCUUCUUGCCAUUCCAUGUCUCUGAUCUCAUAUAGAGAUCUUGUUGGUGUAGCAUACACUGAAGAGGAGACAAAGGCUAUGGCUGCUGAAAUUGAGGUGGUUGAUGGUCCUAACGAUGAAGGUGAGAUGUUUACUCGUCCUGGUAAAUUAAGUGAUCGGUUCCCUCAGCCAUAUACAAACGAACAAGCUGCAAGAUUUGCAAAUGGUGGGGCAUAUCCUCCAGAUCUAAGCCUGAUAACCAAGGCACGACAUAAUGGUCAGAACUAUGUAUUUGCUCUUCUCACUGGCUACCGUGAUCCUCCUGCUGGUAUUUCGAUUCGAGAGGGUCUCCACUACAACCCAUACUUUCCUGGUGGUGCAAUAGCUAUGCCCAAAAUGCUUAUUGAUGGUGCUGUGGAAUAUGAAGAUGGCACCCCUGCAACUGAAGCUCAGAUGGGGAAGGAUGUUGUUUCAUUUUUAUCAUGGGCAGCAGAGCCUGAGUAA